CAACCAACAUACAACGUUAUUACCUCCGGUAGUUAGUUGUUCGCAUAUCCACAUAAUAAUCAUCAACUACAAGGAGCCAAGACCCAGUCCUCUUAUUGACAAUGGUGGGAAUACCAAAGAGCAAUCGAUGCACAUUCUGCAAAGUGCGGAAGACGAAGUGUGAUGAGAAUUGGCCGACAUGUGGUGCAUGUGCCAGAGCCGGUAAAGUCUGCUCUGGAGCGCGGAGCAAUUUCAAAUUUGUGGUGAAUGGUUGCCAUAAUGAGGAACCAACACCCAAAUCCAGCGACUCGGAUGACGCCAGCAUAUCCUCUAGCGACAGUGGCCAGAUUCGUGAUCCGGUAUCGCGGCGGACAAGUCCCGGCGGCACAAUCAUCGUGGACAUGAAAGAGUAUACGGCCUCUCUUGGUCCUGGCACAUUUCAUCGGAUGCGCUUAACGCGACCACAUCGACCUAGGAAUGUUAGGAGUGGCAGUAACAUAACGCCAUCGCCAACAUCAUCACCAGUUAUGCGCCCGUCCGAUCGAUUAGCAGCCCAAUUCAUAUCAUGCCUAGAGGCAGCCUCAGGGACGGGUCAUGAUAUGCAGAUAUGGGGCCCAUCAAUAAAAUUGAUACCCCAGCGAUUGGGAUCGGAAAGCCUAGUGCUGAGGCAUACGGUGGAGUUGGUAGUCACAUCUUGGUCCAACAGUCAGCGUAACAUAUUAUGCCCAGAGACCUGGUUAGACUUGCGACUGCAUAUGCAAGCCUUGGGAAGUCUGCGAAAGGCACUCGAAGAACCCGAGCAUGGUUUAGCGACAGACACUAUCGCCGCGCAAUGGUUGUUACAGAAGAUUGAACUCACCUACGAUUUUGAACGGGGUGCUAACCAAGAGCACCAUGCGGCAGGGCUGACUGCUGUUAUUAGCAGAGGAGGUCCUUGGCAAGGCUUCAACGACUUAGCCCUUUACCUCACAUUUGAUAGCUUUUUCAACAUGCUACAAGAAGACGUACGAUUAGGGAGAGAUAGCGUGUUCUCGAGUAACGAAUGGACUACAGCGUUUAAACAGGCCAUAGAAAAUAGUUCGGUUCGGCCUGCCGUCAAGGCUAUGUAUCGUCUAUGGAUCGAGAUGACCGUAUGGCCAACAUUAGUGAGACUCGUUCGAGCGCUUUGUCAGGAUCGCUCAGACACCAUGACAGCAGCCGAGCUUGUACUCAGGGCCGAGCCAGUUCUCGAAUACCUAAAGCAAGAAGACGAGACAACUCUGAGCCAAAUGAUGGAAUCUAGCGAUAUUGCCGAGGUAGAUAAUCUCUUGGACCCGGAUUUAUUCCCGACAAGCUACCAAUUCCGCGACAUCGACACCGCGAAGCUGUUCUAUACUCACGCCAUGUAUAGCAUCAUUAUCUGCCGAACCCUACAAGAAGCAAACCAAGUCCUUGAGCACUACGCCCCGAGCGUCAUGAAACGCUGUAGAGAAUACAGUAGGCGGAUAUGGAUGUCUUACCCAUGGAUGAGGAUGCAAAGGCCUCUCGCCAUUGAAUACACAGCCGCGCUCGCAUUUUCUUAUGAAUCUGCAAACGAGGAAGAAAGGGAAUUCUGUGUUAGAAGUCUUGAUGAUAUGGAAUACUUUAGGAGACCACCACCCAUAGGCCGAUGGGUGGAAGCAACUAUCAUGGCUAAUGUGAAGGGAUACACAGGUCGAAUGCCGUUUAUGAAGAACCAAGACGUCACCAUCGAAUUCUGCGGGUUAGGAUGUCGGUGCUGAUUGAAUAUACGAGUACUCGAGACAUCCAUGAUCCAUGACACAGACCUUGAAGAUCUUGCCUACCAUCCCAGUACAAGCGAGGAAGAAAGAAGGUCCGGAAUAAGGAGUAAUAUGAAUGGAAGGUCAUAUUUAUUCCUUCCGACACAGAUAUACACGAUCGCAUGAUGGAGUUUUUCA